CAGAUUCUUUUACUUGAACGCCAAACCAUCAAUUCAUGCCAGCCGAGAAUGUCAAAGUCCGCUGUUAACACAGGGAAUACGCGACCAGCCGCGUGCUGUUGCUGGUACUGCACGAAGAGAACCCCAGACCACCAACGUGACACUACUGAGAAGACGUCCAUAUCAGGGCGGCGGGUUGACCCAGCCAAGUUGGAAAAUCUUCUCAACAAACUCUUCGCUGAUCAAUAUGCCGUCUCGAUGCGAGACAACUCAUACACAAUCUGGGCCUCACGGAAGCUCGACGAAAGCGAGACUCAGCAAUGUUACUGA